UACCACGAGAGCUGAAGUGGUGUAUUUGAUUAAGGAGGAGGUAAAUAUUGUAACUCUACAUUUCCAAAAUUUGAAGUUUGAUUUUGAGUAUUUGCUUGGAUCAUGGUCUUCCUUGAAUAGGGUUUUUCUGUCAUAAGUGCAGUUCCUUAAAGCUGUUUUUAGUCAAUGAUUGCAGUCCAAGUAAAGAAGUGUUUUCACACUUUGUUAAUGAAUUAGAAUCAUCUCUUAUUUCAAAUUUUCCAUUUUUGCAUUAUAAUUUCACGUAAUUGAUUAUGGUAAGCCAAGCUGCUUUGCUGAUUUUACUUAACUUGAAAAUUUUAUAACCAUUAAGCUUUGUUCACUGAAAAACUUUGGAUCGCUUUCUUUCAGGAGAAAACUAACUCUAAUGCAUCAGCAAAGACCAAUGAUAGCUCCGCAAGGCCAUUAUCUGCACUGGUAAUUCUGUUUAGUAACUAUUUUUAACAACUUGUAAUUAUGAAGGUUUGGCCUAUAAAAGAGAAUUUCAUCCAUGUGCAUUUAUAUUGGCUGCAUUGCAGCCGGCCCACAGAAGGUUUAUGGUGUCUGUAAUACAGGCUACAUUUAUACCCUCACUCAAAAGAAGUAUAAUAUUUUGAUUCUGUUUUAAAGUAACUUCAUUUGUCCAGCAAAUUUGAACAGCAGUCGUUUGGCGAAUAUGCAAGUAUUUAGUUUUAAACGUCUGCAGUCAGUUGGUCUGAACGUCUAGUAGUAACUUCCCAAGCGCCUACAAUUUGUAGAUAUUUAAAGUAGGUUUUAGUGCAGGCAACUUUUGUUUUUCACUUCUAUUAACUACGUGAACGUCUUACAUGUACGCUUUAACUGAAACGUUUGUAAAAUUUUGUUAUGAUCAUGUUUAAAUCGCGGUAACUGAAACUGAUACUCCAUUUUUUUAUUUUCUUCUUUAGAAAGAUCAAGUCACAGGAGACCGAUACAAAGAAUUCUUAAAGGAACAAAAAAAGAGGAGAGAAGACCUGGCAGCUAAAUGUAAAAGCGCAACCAAGAAACUGAAUUUUCCUGAUUUUUCUCACGAUGUCAUCAUGAAAAAGAUUGAUUCUCCAGACAACAUUAGCCUGAUUAAAAAGCAGCUUGAGACACAAACAAGAGAGCAUAAUCUUCUAAAGAAUCAGAUCCCAGAUCACGAGCAAUUCUUAAAGGUAAGCACAAAGCAAUGUAGUUUCUUUAUUCUCUGUCAAGAAUCAGGUUGCAGUGGCUACUAAAUAAUAGCAACACACUCCCUCAAAAAGCUCUUUCUUUCAGUCUUCUUUGUUAGUUUUUGUGGACUUGUUUUUUGUUGCGCUUCUCUCAUAGUUUGUGGUUGAAGAGCGAAGACUUUGGACAGUUUUUUUUUUGCAGAAUGGGGCGAUUUGAAUUUCCCUGACAUUAAUGAUACUUUGCUGUCAACUUUGUAAGUUUUAAAAUCAAAGGAAAGAAAGGCAUAAUUUUAACAACAGUAUUAAAUCCAGUUUGUAUCGCUGCUGGAAGUGUGCUGUGCCUACAUUUAUUCAUGUAUUUAUUUUGACUUAAGAUGAUGGACAGAUUCGAAGAUUCUCUUUUCUCAUUGGGGGAGACGUUGGGGCACAGAUUGUCACAGAUCAAACAAUGGCUGGAAUAUUUAGAGACUGUGGUAAGUUGAAUAAUAAUAAUAACCUUUAUUUAUCCAUCUUUUAAAAAUAUAUACAAUGGAUUUACAAUACUAUAAAAUGCUAUCAAGUGAUUAUUCUAAUAAAAAAGUAGGUAAGUAAGUCAGUAAGUAAACAUAACAGGUCAUUAAAGAAGUCUUGCAGCUCUUGCUAUAAAUGAAUUUGCAUGUCUUUGCGUCCCUGACUGUGGUAUUGCUACUGAGUGAACCUGGUUUGGAUCUUAAGUUAUAGCGGUGGCUGGUAUUUGGCUUAGUGAGAAAAAUUUGAUUUGGGUGGUUAAUAUAAUUUACAACUCUUUCUAAUUCACGUUUUGUUGCUAUGUUGCACCUGUCCUCUAGUAUUGGAAGGGAUGUUCUUGGUAUCCCGAUGAUAUCUACACACCUGUUUUGUAAAGACUGCAACUCUUCUGCAAUGUACUUUUGCAAACCGCCCCACAGUGGGUGGCAUAUUCGAGAAGUGGGCGUAUUUUGGUACAAUAAUAUAUCCUGAUGCUGAUCUCUGUAGGUAGGUUUGCUUUCAUACAUUCCGUUAAAAAAUACAAUCUCUUGCUGGCUUUCUUUACAGUUUGACUUCAACAUGGUAAUUCCAACAUAGGUUGACAGUUUAAACAAGAACCCCUUUAACCCACUCCUUGACAAGCGUUUUUAAAGAAGAUUUUAUAGUAUGUUUAUAUGUUUGACCAAUACAAGGGUGAGGAUUCUGUGAUUUUAAGAGCUGUGCAGCUGCAAGCUGUAACCUAAUUAAGAAUAGAUGAAAUGACAAUAAUAAUAGUGAUAUUAGAUUGUUACAAAGAAUAAUAAUAUCAAAAGUAGGUUGAGUUUGUCAGGGUGAACGUAGUCUCCAUUUUGGUGACGUCCGCCAGUGUGACAACACAUUUUUUGUGCUUUGAACUAAAAAUCCAAAAAAAGUUUUCAGUCAUUAAUUGUAGUCCAUCGAGCAAGUUUAGUUAACAAAUAACAAAAAUCAUAAGAUAUACGGAAAUUUAGCACACAUGCAACAUUUGAGGGGUAGUUUGGUCCCAUCGUGGCAAUGGGUUUUGAAUGUUCAAAACUAUGUGCCUAAAAUUUAAAUUAUCAUGACACAUCUAUUUUAUAGCUAUUUUGUUUGCGAUCUUGCUUUCGGUUUAUUGAUAUUUUUUGACCUUCACCUUCACAAUUCUGCAGUUAUUUCUUGUGGUAAAAUUGUAGAGGUGGGUCUGAUGUGUUUUUUUUCUUUUCAUUUUGCUAGAUUUUUUUGUUGUGUCCAAAGAUAGACAAUGAUAAUGAAUGUGUUAUGAAAAAUUAGCAACAUUGAGUUGUUGGAAUAUGUUUUUUUUAUUAGAAAGGGGAAAUUACAGAGAAUUUACUAGAAGGAGUCACCGAAGAAGGCUACAUCAUUGACUUAAAGCAGCACCAGGUGAUGAAAACUAUUAUUACAGUGCUGCCAUUCUUUAAAUAGGGUUCAAAGCCGGUCUGGUGAAAAUCUUAUUUUGCUUAUAAUAUUAUUAAUAUUGUGAGUCCCAUAAUUAUAAUGUAACUGAUUGCCAUAUGUGUGUUCAGUUUAUUUCUUUCCUGAUUGUCUAAAAUGAAAAUUGGGAGUAAAUUAAAAUGACAAGCUUUACUAAAUAAAUGCUUGUUGUUUAAUUUUCCAAAUUAUUUUCCAAAUUAUUUUCCAUAUUUCCAAAUGGUCCAGCAGAUACAAGUUUAAUUAUGAAAUUAAUCACUAAGACUUCAGAUACAUUGCAUGUUGUGUGACUGACACAUUUCUUUUUUUCUUUAUAAAUCAACAGGAUAAGGAAAAUGACCUUUGCAAUUCCAAUGUACAAGUAAUUUUGAUAUUAAAGGAGUUAUGGAUCAGGUGCUUAAUGCAUGGCUGAAUGCUUUGGGGAUCCUCAUGAAGAAUAAAUACAUAAUGUAUGUGAAUUUGAUAAUUAGAAUAAUUAAUGCAUUGGCUGAUGUGCUUCGUUACGAAAUUAGAAUUAAUCAUCACAAUCACAACUGAUUGGAUUUAAUUACAAUAAAUAUUGACAUAUGCAUUUUGAUUCUUACAUGUACAGCUCUGUUUAAUCUAAGAGUUGUUACUUUUUUUCUUAAUUUCCUUCUCCCUAUGCAACACUUGCCUAUUCUCAUCACUCUUUCCUUUUCAUAAUUUGUCUACAAAUUCCUUAAUUCUUUUCUCUUAAACGUUUAAUCUUUGGCUUACACCAUGAUGACUGUUUGUUAACUAAUUGACUAGUAUGUAUGUCUGUGGAUGCUGUAAGUUUGAUUUGAUUUUUUGUUUCAGGUUUAGAAAACAAAACUGUGUUAUCAUAACACUUUCAAGUGUUACACAUGUAGCAAUAGUUCAGAGUCAGAUUAAAAAGUAAUUACGGAUAAUCUGUUUUCCAAUCCAUGUUACUGAGCCUGAAACUUUCUUUUCUUCAUUGUUAUUUAUCAUUGUAAGAGUGGAUUACUUUGUUGAGAAUGAGUAAUAAAUCCAACUCCUUCGAAAAUGAUCUACUGAAUUUCCAAAAAGGACCCGUUCCGUACAAAAGCUGAUUCAUCAUUUUGUUUACUAUAAUAAAAUCUAACCUAUUAAGCGUAAAAGUGAUUUAUCUCUAAUCCAAUCGAAAGGUGGUUAAUAUUACAGCUCCUAGUAACGUAAUGGCAAAGUAAUAAAAACAAAACAAAAAAAUGUCACACUAUAAUUUUCAGAAAAUAUUGACAUACUUGAUUUUUUUAAUGACUGCAAAUUGUGUCUCUGAGGACAUUAUUAUUAUUAUUAUUAUGACUCAAAUAUAUUGUUAUUGUGUGUGUAAGUAAUUUCAAUCAGAAUUUUUCCUAAUUGUGUUGAAGAUACGCCUAGAAUGCCUGACACACGCCUCCCCAAGAGAGGGAAAUGGCAACAGGGUGGACAAAGGAAGCAAAGUACUAUAAGACUGUCUCAAAGCAUCACUGUAAAUCUUUGAUAUAGAUGUUGAAACCUGGGAGACCUUGGCUCUAGACCAACCUGCCUGGCAUAGCAAAGUCAACAAAGGCACUGUCCUUUUUUAGCUAAACAGGAUAACAGGGGCUCAGAGGAAGCGUGAGCUGCGCAAAUCCAAAUUGAUCUCCUUGACACCUGCUUAAGAAAAUCGCCAGUGUCUGGUAUGCGGCAGAGCCUUCUGCGCAUGAUUGGAUUGAUCAGCCACAGUGGGAAACACUGCACCUAAUACCUCUCUCACGUGAUGUUCUUGGGCAUUGCUAACAACAACAGACAAACAACAACAAAGACUGGAGUCAGAUAACAAGGUAAUACAUUGGGUAUAAUGAUUGGACAGUAAUAGUUAUUCAUACUAGCUAAAGUACCAAAUUGGAAUCAUUGCAUGUGUGUUUGAUAAGCAUUGAAUUAAAAAAUGAAUUUAAUAUAUUGCAUUUUAAUUUGUGCUGUCAAUUAAGCAAGGUUUGUUAGUCUAUAUGUUGCAAGUAAUGUGGUAUUUCAGGUUGAUUUGUUUCAACCUAGGUCAAAAUAUAGUAUUAUUGAGCACUACACAUCUGCUUUAAGUCUAUUAGAGUUGUUUGAAUGAUAUUAAAAAGUUAACUGGGGGAAGAUAUGAAAGCUGUGAGUUUCCUCAGUUUGCUUCCAGGUGAUGUUUCUUGUAACAAUAACACUCCUACAGCAGAAUUCAGUCUUGCAGCCAGGGGUCUUACAACCAGGGGUUCUUACAACCAGUGGUCUUACAACCAGUGGUUUUACAACCAGGGGUUUUUACAACCGGGGGUCUUACAACAGGGGGGUUUUUACAACCGGGGGUCUUACAGCCAGGGGUUCUUACAACCGGGGGUCAUACAACUAGGGCUUCUUACAACCGGGAGUCUUACAACCAGGGGUUGUUACCACCUGGGUUCUUACAACCAAAGGGUUCUUAAAACCUGGGGGUCUUACAACCAGGGGUUCUUACAACAAGAGUUCUUACUACCAGGGGUUGUUACAACCGGGCAUCUUAUAACAAGGGGUCCUUACAACCGGGGGUUCUUAGAACUAGGGGUUCUUACAACCGUGGGUCUUACAACCUGGGGUUGUUAAAACCGGUUGUCUUAAAACCGGGGGUCUUAGAACCAGGGGUUUUUACAACCAGGGGUUCUUACAACCGGGGGUCUUAGAACCAGGGGUUUUUACAACCAGGGGUUCUUACAACCAGGGGUCUUAAAACCAGGGGUUUUACAACCAGUGGUUGUUACAACCAGGGGUCUUACCACCAGGGGUUCUUACAACUGGGAGUUUUACAACCAGGGGUCUUACAACCAGGAGUUUUUACAACCAGGGGUUCUUACAAGCGGGGGUGUUACAACCUGGGGCUGUUACAACCAGGGGUCUUACAACCAGGGGCUCUUACAACCGGGGGUAUUACAAACAGGAAUUCUUAUAUCUCGAGGUCUUACAACCAGGAGUUCUUACCACCAGGGUUCUUACAACCAGGGGUCUUACACCAGAGGUUGUUAGAAUCAGGGGUCUUACCACCGGGGGUCUUACAAACAGGGGGUCUUAUGUCCAGGGGUUCUUACAACCAGGGGCAUGCAACUAGGGGUCUAACAACCAGGGGUUUUUACAACCAGGUGUUUUUAAAACCAGGGUUCUUACAACCAUGUGUUCAUUCAAGCAGGGGUCUUACAAUAAGGGGUUCUUACUACCGGGGAUCUUAAAACCAGGGUUGCUACAAUAAGGGAUUUUUACAAUUAGGAGGUUUAGAACCAGGGGCUCUUACAGCCAGUUGUCUUAUAAUAAUGGUUUCCUACAACCAGGGGUCUUAUAACCGGGGGUGUUACAACCAGGGGUUCUUACAAACAGGGGUUUUAAAACCGGGGGUUCUUAGAACCAGGGUUUUUACAUUAGGGGUUCUUAUAACUAGGGGUCUUACAACUAGGGAGUCUUCCAAGCAGGGGUCUUACAACCAGGGGUUCUUAGAACCAGGGGUUUUACAGCCGGGGGUUCUUAAAACCAGGGUUCUUACUUUAGGGGUGUCUAUAACUAGGGGUCUUACAACCAGGGAAUCUUACAAGCAGGGGUCUUACAACCAGCCGUCUUACAACCAGGGGUUCGUACAACCAGGUGUCUGACAACUAGGGAUCUUACAAGCAUGGGUUCUUACAACCAGGGGUUUUACAGCCGGGGGUUUUUAGAAGUAGGGUUUUUACUUUAGGGGUCUUACAACGAGGAAAUCUUACAAGCAGUGGACUUACAAGCAGGGGUGUUACAACCAGCGGUUCUUACAACCAGGGUUUCUGACCAUCAGGGAUCUUUUAACCAGGGGUCUUACUGCUAGGAGUUCUUCCAACCAGGGGUGUUAUGAUAAGGCGUUCUUACAACCAGUUGUCUUAGAACCAGGGGCUCUUAGCGCUAGGAGUGUUACAAUAAUGGGCUCUUACAGCCAGGGGGUCAUACAACCAGGGGUCUUACAAGCAGGGGUUCUUACAACCAGAGGUCUUACAACCAGGGGUUGUUACAACCGAGCGUCUUAUAACCAGGGGUUCUUACAACCGGGGGUUCUUACAACCAGGGGUCUUAAAACUAGGGGUUCAUGCAACUAGGGGUCUAACAACCAGGGGUUUUUACAACCAGGUGUUUUUAAAACCAGGGUUCUUACAACCAGGUGUUCUUUCAAGGUGGGGUCUUACAAGCAGGGGUCUUUUAAUAAGGGGUUCUUACUACCGGGGAUCUUAAAAGCAGGGUUCCUACAAUAAGGGGUUUUUACAAUUAGGAGUUUUAGAACCAUGGGUUCUUACAGCCAGUUGUGUUAUAAUAAUGGUUUCUUACAACCAGGGGUCUUAUAACCAGGGGGUGUUACAACCAGGGGUUCUUACAAACAGGGGUUCUUAAAACCUGGGAUCUUAGAAUAAACGGUUCUUAAAGCCAGGUUUCUUACAUGCGGGGAUCGGACAAGCAGGGGUUCUUACAACCAGGGGUUUUUAGCACCAGGGUUCUUACAUUAGGGCUUCUCAUAACUAGGGGUCUUACAACCACGGAAUGUAACAAGCAGGGGUUCUUACAACCAGGGGUUCUUAGAAGAAGGGGUCUUACAACCCGGUUUCGUACAACUAGGUCUCUUAGAAGCAGGAAUUCUUACAACCAGGGGUUCUUUCAACCGGGGGUCUUACAACCAGACGUCCUACAACCAGGGGUUCUUACAACUGGGGGUCUUUAAAACGACAGGUUCUUACAACCAUUGGUUCUUACUACCUGGGGUCUUACAAAGAGGAAUUCUUACAACCAGGGGUUCUUUCAACCGGGGGUCUUACAACCAGAGGUUCUUACAACGGGGGGUCUUACAACCAGGGGUUCUUACUACCAGGGGUCUUACAAACAGGAAUUCUGACAACCAGAGGUUCUUGCAACCAGGGGUUCUUACAAGCGGGGGUCUUACAACCAGGGGUUCUUAUCACGGGGGGUCUUACAACCCAGGGUUCUUACAACCUGGUGGUCUUACAACCAGGGAUCUUACAAGCAGGGUUCUUACAACCCGAGGUCUUACAACCAGGGAUUGUUACAACCGGGCAUCUUAUAACCAAAGUUCUUGCAACCAGGGGUCUUACAACUAGGGAUUUUUACAACCGUUGGUUCUUACAACCGGGGGUCUUACAACCAGGUGUUCUUACAACUGGGGGUCUUACAACCAGGGGUUUUUACAACCUGGGGUCUUACAACAGGGGGGUUUUUACAACUGGGGUCUUACAGCCAGGGGUUCUCACAACCGGGGGUCUUACAACUAGGGCUUCUUACAACCGGGAGUCUUACAACCAGGGGUUGUUACCACCUGGGUUCUUACAACCAGGGGUUCUUAAAACCUGGGGGUCUUACAACCAGGGGUUCUUACAACAAGAGUUCUUACUACCAGGGGUUGUUACAACCGGGCAUCUUAUAACAAGGGGUUCUUACAACCGGGGGUUUUUAGAGCUAGGGGUUCUUACAACCGUGGGUCUUACAACCUGGGGUUGUUAAAACCGGUUGUCUUAAAACCGGGGGUCUUAGAACCAGGGGUUUUUACAACCAGGGGUUCUUACAACCGGGGUUCUUAGAACCAGGGGUUUUUACAACCAGGGGUUCUUACAACCAGGGGUCUUAAAACCAGGGGUUUUACAACCAGUGGUUGUUACAACCAGGGGUCUUACAACCAGGGGUUCUUACAACCGGGGGUUUUACAACCAGGGGUCUUGUAACCAGGAGUUUUUACAACCAUGGGUUCUUACAAGCCGGGGUCUUACAACCUGGGGCUGUUACAACCAGGGGUCUUACAACCAGGGGCUCUUACAACCGGGGGUAUUACAAACAGGAAUUCUUAUAUCUAGAGGUCUUACAACCAGGAGUUCUUACCACCAGGGUUCUUACAACCAGGGGUCUUACACCAGAGGUUGUUAGAAUCAGGGGUCUUACAACCGGGGGUCUUACAAACAGGGGGUCUUACGUCCAGGGGUUCUUACAACCAGGGGCAUGCAACUAGGGGUCUAACAACCAGGGGUUUUUACAACCAGGUGUUUUUAAAACCAGGGUUCUUACAACCAGGUGUUCUUUCAAGCAGGGGUCUUACAACCAGGGGUUCUUACAACCAGGGGUCUUACAAUAAGGGGUUCUUACUACCGGUGGAUCUUAAAACCAGGGUUCCUACAAUAAGGGGUUUUUACAAUUAGGAGUUUUAGAACCAGGGGCUCUUACAGCCAGUUGUCUUAUAAUAAUGGUUUUUUACAACCAGAGGUCUUAUAACCGGGGGUGUUACAACCAGGGGUUCUUACAAACAGGGGUUCUUAAAACCGGGGGUACUUAGAACCAGGGUUUUUACAUUAGGGGUUCUUAUAACUAGGGGUCCUACAACUAGGAAGUCUGACAAGCAGGGGUCUUACAACCAGGGGUUCUUACAACCAGGGGUUUUACAGCUGGGGGUUCUUAGAACCAGGGUUCUUACUUUAGGGGUGUCUAUAACUAGGGGUCUUACAACCAGGGAAUCUUACAAGCAGGGGUCUUACAACCAGCCGUCUUACAACCAGGGGUUCGUACAACCAGGUGUCUUACAAGCAGAGAUCUUACAAGCAGGGGUUCUUACAACCAGGGGUUUUACAGCCGGGGGUUCCUAGAAGCAGGGUUUUUACUUUAGGGGUUUUUAUAACUAGGGGUCUUACAACGAGGGAAUCUUACAAGCAGUGGUCUUACAAGCAGGGGUCUUACAACCAGGGGUUCUUACAACCAGGGUUUCUGACCAUCAGGGAUCUUUUAACCAGGGGUCUUACCGCUAGGAGUUCUUACAACCAGGGGUGUUACAAUAAGGAGUUGUUACAACCAGUUGUCUUGGAACCAGGGGCUCUUACCGCCAGGGGUGUUAUCAUAAUGGGCUCUUACAGCCAGGGGGUCUUAGAACCAGGGGUCUUACAACCAGGGGUUCUUACAACCAGGGGUCUUUCAAUUAGGGGUUCUUUCAAGCAGAGGUUCUUACGAGCAGAGGUCUUUCAACGCCUUAAGCAUGUUUGAAAUCUUGGCACAUGGUUUGAUAACCAUAUGUCUAUGAAUACUCUUAUAGGAAAGGUAUGUAGUAAGGCAGUUAGACGGCUUUAUAAUAUUAGGCAAAUUAGGAAAUAUCUGUCUGCAGAGUCAACCAAGUGUUUAAUUCAUGCGUUUGUUACAUCACAUUUAGAUUAUUGUAACGCUUUUUUGUACAAGCUUCCGCAAUAUCAAUAUGACCGACUUCAAAAAGUUCUUAAUGCGGUGACUCGGGUUACAUGCUUAAUUCCUAAGUUUGCCCAUAGUACUCCGGUACUUAGGGAACUUCAUUGGUUGCCAGUGAAAUUUAGAGUAGAAUUUAAGAUUACACUAUUAGUUUUUAAAGCGUUGAACGGCCUGGCCCCACAAUAUUUAUCUGAACUACACUUUGUAAGGCCUAGAACUAGAUACAGCCUGCGGUCUGAUUGUAAUCCCUAAGGUGACACGAAAGACUUUUGGCGAUCUAUCCUUCUUCCAUGCUGGACCAACAGUAUGGAAUGCUUUGCCAUCUAGCCUUAGAAACUGUAGGAACAUUGACUCUUUUAAAGUACAGUUGAAGACUUAUCUUUUUGAGAAAGCUUUUAAUUUGUAAUUUUAUAUUCUUAUUACUAUUAUUAUAUCUGUCCACUUAUUGUAUAUAUAGAGGAUAUUACACGGUGGCGCGAAGAUAUGAAUUUUAUUUUCGAGUGACACGAGAAAAUCAAAUUCAUAUCUUCAAGCCGCCGUGUAAUGUUCCUUUUAUUAUAUAAACAAAAAGACAUCGAUAAAAUAAUAGAGGGAAAUGACCGAAAUUACGUCAUGGAUAAACUCACGUGUGAGAUUAUGGUAAAUAAACCACGCGGGUCCUGGAUGUAGUUUUUAUGAAUUUUAUGAGUGGUGUAUUUUCCAGUAAAACACUCGUGUCUACAUAAUAAAUAUAUUUAUUUUCUUGUAAAGCGCUUUAGAAUAUUUUAAUAGUUAAAGUGCUAUAUUAAAUGUAAUAAAUUAUUAUAAUUAUUAUUAUUACAACCAGAGGUCUUACAACCAGGGGUUCUUAAAACUGGGAGUCUUACAACCAGGGGUUUUUACAACCAGGAGUUCUCAGAACCUGGGUCUUACAUAUAGGGGCUCUUACAAGCAGGGGUUUUAUAAUGAGGGGUUCUUAGAACCAGGGUUGUUAUAACUAGGGGUUGUUCCAACCAGGGGUCUUACAAUCAGAGGUUCUUACAACCAGAAGUCUUACAUCCAGGGGUUCUUACAGCCAGGGGUUCUUACAACCAAGGCUCUUACAAGCAGGGGUCUUACAUCCAGGCAUUCUUACAGCCAGGGGUUCUUGUAACUAGGGGUCUUACAAGCAGGGCUUCUUACAUCCAGGGGUCUUACAACCAGGGGCUCCUACAACCAAAGCUCUUACAACCAGGGGUCUUAGAUUCAGGGGUCUUAAAACCAGGGGUUCUUGCAGGUAGUGGUCUUACAACCAGGAGUCUUACAACCAGGGAUUCUUACAACCAGAGGUCUUACAACCAGGGGUUUUUACAACGGUCGGUCUUACAACCAGGGAUUCUUACAACUUGAGGUCUUACCACCAGGAGUUCUUACAACCAGAUGUUCUUACAACCAGGGGUAUUACAUCCAGGGGUUUUAUAGCGGAGCUCCACGCGCGCGCGAAGCGCGCGCGCGUGGGCGGAGCCCCAUUGCUAAGGAAAUCUACCCAUACCAGAAAAUUUGGUAAUCACGUGAUCGACCGACCGACCGACCGACCGACCGACCGUCCGUCCGCACCACAGGCAUACCAAUGUUUACUCUCACACUUUCUAGCUACUUUGGGAGCCCAGGAGAAAGCUGAUUGCACAUCAAUGUUGUCAGCAAUUGACAGCUGUCAAAACAGGGUAUCCGCUGACCACUAUCACCUGACCGAAUCGCGGGCUCAGGUGUCGACCCAUGGAGGUCGAGUAUUUUUUUGAAGUUAUCCGCUGACAAUUUACUCGUUUUCAAAUGAUCGCAGGCUCACGUUUACUUUUGUUUUAAAUUCAUAUCAAAUAUGUUGUGUUUAUGUCAGUAUCGCCCCGCACUAUUACGAUUUUGAUUUCAAACUGACUUCAGACGCAAAAAUUCAGCCAGUGUUUUUAAAAUACAGGCGGGGAAGACCUUGGAAGACCUUUUCUUACCAUGGGCACGUGUUGGUCACGCUCCACGUCCAAUUUUUAUGCUCUGAUUGGUCAAAAUUUGACAGGAGAGUUCAUGCGUAAAAUUUAUGCAGCAUCUUGAAAGUUGUUUACUUUGACAGCUGAAGCUGACAGAGUUUUGAGUCAACUUGUGAUGUUUUUAACUGUCUUUUCCACUGGAUGUGCAAAAUGAAAUACAGCUGCUAUCAAGAGUGUUCUCUUAUUCAUGGCUGGUUUGUUUAUUGGGUUUUGGUUGAAAAAUGCGUCGCUUGUCAAAGCCGAUAAUCCGAUUUCGGAUGGCAUCGUUUUUUUUUUCACCUUGCUGGAUGCGUACGAGUAUUAUAAAGGCUCAAGCGAUCCUUGCCUUACUUGAUAGCUUUCAGGAGCUGCAUCUCGAAAUAUGGUAAGCCUGAGUAAUUAUUUUAUUUAAAUAUAAUUUCAUGAAGUCCAGCGGCGCAGUUUAUGAAGCUAGUUUAUGCACGUUUGUAUUAAGAUUUGACUGAGACACUGAUCUGACCUCGUAUGAGGUUUGAUAUAAGCUUAAGCUUACAGAACUUUAAAAAGACUCUAGUCGAUAUUAAUUCACCUUAAAUAGAAAGAAAAAACUUUCCGAAGAAUAUUUAGUUAUAAUUUUGGCUGUAGAAAGAAAGCUUUGAACGAUUUUCUUUUCGUGAGUUCAUCUUUGAAAACAGCCAACACCGGGAAACCGGCGGCUUAAAACAUAAACUUUAAGCUUACUAGUAAAGACUUGAGGAUUCUUAGACACACUUAAAUACUCAUUUGUUUUCGUGAAUGAAAAUUGUUGUCUCUGUAAAUGUUCUAUGGAAUUAUUUUUCUUUAUUGAUUUUUGGUAGUCUCAAAAGUGUAAUUUUCAUCGCUUUGCCGUUUGUUUUCCUGCGUUCAUAAACAUCGCUCGCAGGAGUACUCAAAAUGCCAAGCGUAUCAAACGCUUUUUAAGAUUACACAUCGUUAUAAAACCGUUAAUAAAAAAUAGACUCAGUAAAUUCUUUAUCACGUUGAAGCGUAACUCUUCAAAAAUUUCUUCGCAAAUUUGGUGCUUGUCAAAAGUUAGAACCGGCUGGCCGUACAGGUGAUUUUGGAAAUUUUUUGAACGGUUUCGCUAAUUAAAAGUCCACGCUUGCCUCUAUGGUCCUGAAUAUUGAAUGAAUGCAAUUUGUCUUGAAAAAUUGUGAAAUACUGUAUUUUGUACGACGUCUGUAUGAUAAAAACAGCGCCUCAUAGUACUCUUUCUUCUCAGAUGUGGUGUAUAAAAAAAAUAAAAGAUUGGUUUGCACGCAACCAGAUUUAUUGGCAAGAAUUUGUCAACUUGUCGAACGCAAAAAAUUCGGUCUGAUUUGUUUUCAAAGAAUUUGUUUUGCACGCCUUAUCUACUGUGAUCAAGAGCCAUCAUUGCUCUUAAAUGUGACCGAAGACUAUUUUUUGGGUGUACAUAUAAGGCUAUAUCAACGCGAUACAAAAUUUGUGUCACUCCAAAAUCACUUAGCUUUUCCCUCAAAAGCCACAUGAAUGUGCCCUUACUUUAACUGAUUUGUGGAAUACAAAAUUAUUGUUUGAUUUAAGUUAUAAAUUUAUGAAUGGGAGCUUCGCUUUUAGCUGUGGCUAAAUAUAUAUAUUAAUCAGGGGUAUUUAGAACGAGUGGUUCUUAGAACCAGGGGUUUUACCAGCAGGGGUUCUUACGACCGGGGGUCUUAAAACCAGGGGUUCUUAUAACCAGGGGUUCUUCCAACCAGGGGUCUUACAAUCUCGGGUUUUUACAACCAGGGGUUCUUACAACCGGGGUCUUACAACUAGGGGUUCUUACAACCAGGGGUCUUACAAUCAGACGUUCUUACAACCAGGGGUUUUACAAUUAGGGGUUCUGACAAUAAUCUGCUCUUACAACAAGGGUUUCUUAGAACUAGGAGUCUUAGUACCAGGGGUCCUUACAACCAGGGGGUCUUACAACAAUCGGUUCUUACAACAGGGGUUCUUAGGACAUGUGGACUGACAACCAAGGGUUCUUACAACCGGAGGUCUUACAUCCAGGGGUUCCUACAACUAGGGGUUCUCACAACGAAGGGUCUUACAUCCAGGGUUUCUUACAACCAGGGGUCUUACAACCAUGGGUCCCACAAUCAGAGGUUCUUACAAUUAGGGUCUUACAAUUAGGGGUUCUUACAAUAAUCUGCUCUUACAAUUGUUUCUUAGAACCAGGGGUCUUACAACCAGGGGGUCUGACGACAAUCAGUUCUUACAAGAGUUGUUCUUAGGACAAGGGGUCUUACAACCAAGGGUUCUUACAGCCGCAGGUCUUACAUCCAGGGGUUCUUACAAGCAGGGGUCUUACAAGCAGGGGUUCUUGCAACAGCUGGUUUUCAUAACAGCGUUCUUACAACACGGAUUCUUCCAAGGAGUCUUCUUACAACAGGGGGUCUUACAUCCAGUGGUUCUUACAAUCAGGGGUUACAACCAGGGGUCUUAUAAUCAGGGGUUCCUAGAUCCAGGGGUCUUAGAAGGAGAGGUUCUUACAACUAGAGGUCUUACAUCCAGGGUUUCUUACAACUGGUUGUUCUUCCAAGCAGGGGUCUUACAAUCAAAGUUUCUUUCAACCAGGGAUCUUAAAAGAAGGGGUUGUUACGACUUGGGGUUUGACAACAAGGGCUUCUUACAAGCAGGAGUUCUUACAACUGGGGGUCUUAAAACAAGUGGUUCUUACAACCAAGAGUUCUUGCAAGCAUGGUUCUUACCACCCAGGGUCUUACAGCAGGGGUCUCGCAAGGAGGGAUUUUCACAAUCAGGGGUUCUUACAACCAGGGAUCCUUAAAAGAAGGGGUCCUUACACCCAGGGUUUCUUAGAAUCAGGGGUUCUUACAGCAAGGGGUCUUUUCGCCAGGGUUCUUACAACCAGGGGUUUUUACAAGCAGAAGUCUUACAACAAGGGGGUCUGAUAAUCAGGGGUUUUUAAAGGAUUUCAGGGGGUUACCAGGGAUCGGUGGGGGAUACAAGGGAUUACAGGGGAUUGCAGGGGCUUACGGGGGGUUACAGCAUCUUACAAGAGGUAACAGGGGGUGACAAGGAGUUUCACGGGCUUACAUGGGGUUACAAGUGGUUACAAGGGGUUGCAAGAGGUUACAAGGGAUGACAAGGGGUUAGAGUGGGUUACAAGAAGAAAUUAGGUAACUAUUCUAGCCACACAAAGCAGAAGCUGAUUUUUUUAAAAAAAGUAAGCAGGAAUUUGUUGUUUACUAUCUAUCGAAAUAAAAAAUGUUACAAACUGUUUGUGGGCAAGAUAUUAACUGGGUAAAUAUUUACACGAUACAGGUAUUUAUAAUUUUAUUAUAUUUGUUGUUUUGAAUUUUUGGCAAAUAACUAAGUGUACUGUAAGUUUUACACUAUUAAUUAUACAUACAAAUUUAAAGAUUAGAGCGCUCUAGCAAAAGGCAAAGAGCGUGUUUGCUUUGAAAUUCAAGAAGGGAUAGUGUUGUUUUCGAAAGAAAAAUUGUUGUAAGGCAUUGCACCACUACACUUAAAACUGUGUUUGAGUAAACUAGUUUUUGGCCUUGGAAGUCCUAGAUGAGUUUUAAGAUUGCUAAGAUGAUAGUUGGUUUUACUAUCGUUAAGUUUUGUAAAAGAGGCUGUCAGAUGGGAGAUGGGGGGGGGGGAGGAAGACUGAUCUUUGAGGAUUGUGUACACAAGGGUAGCCUUAAUAUGUAUGGGCCUGGUAUGGAGGUUUUCCAUUUUAAUUUUGAAAAACAUGUAUUAAUUUAAUGUCAUUAUGACAUUGUGUUAUGAGGCAUCAAAUAUCAGAGAAUUCUCCUUUUACUACACAAAAAUCUGCAGGUAAUGUACUAUCGAAUUGAAAAAUGUCACAAACUGUUCUGUUUGAGGGUAAUAUAUUAACUGGGUAAAUAUGAACACAAUACAGGUAAUUUUACCAUGUUUGUUGUGAGUUUUUGGAGAAUAAUUAAGUGUACUAUAAGGUUUAUAUAUACUAUUAAGUAGACAUACAAAUUUAAAGGUCAGAGCAUUCUAGCAAAAAGGAAAAAGCACGUUUGCUUUUAAAUUCGGGAAGUGAUUGUGUUUUUUUCGCAUGGUAAGAAAGAUUUUUGUAGACCAUUGCAACACUACACAUAAAACUGCAUUUGAGGAAAUUAGUUUUUGGCCUUAGAAGUAGUAGGUCAGUUUUAAGAUGGCUAAGAUUAUAGUUGGUGUUACUAUCGUGGAAUUUUGUAAAGUAGGCACUCAGAUUGAGGGGGGGGGAACAUUGAUCCUAUAGGAUUGUGUACACAAGGGUAGCUUUAUCAUGUAGGCGCCUGGUUUCAAGGUUUUCCAUUUCAAUCUUUCAAGAACACCUACCUAUUCAAUAUCAUCAUGACUGGGUGUUUAUUAGGCAUUAACAAUCGGAUAAUUCUCUGUUUAGUACUGAGAAAUCUCCAGCUAAUGUUCGAUAGCCUAUGAUUAUUUUUUCACUGAGACGUACUGGAGCCUUUUUCAAAUUAUUAUCUUUUAAUGUUAAACCUGUUACUUAAGAAUUCUUAAUGAAAACCCUGUAUAACGAACUCGUAAUGACUUUACCCAUGGGGUUUUGAAUUUUUUCAAUUUAUCUUUCAGUUGCUUUGCACUAGUAUUACACAAGCAAGAUGGAAUUAACAGUAAUCAAGGUAAGUAACAGACUGUAACAUUAACAUGAGGUUACAGGGGGUUUUAAAGGAUUUCAGGGGGUUACCGGGGAUUUCUGGGGGAUACAUGAGGUUAAAGGGGGUUACAGGGGGUUAAAAGAGGUACCAGAGGGUUACAGGGGGUUACAAGGGGUUACAGAGGCUUACGGGGGGUUACAGGGGGUUACAAGAGGUAACAGGGGGUUGCAAUGGGUUACACGGGCUUACAGCAGGUUACAGAGGUUACAAGGGAUGACAAGGGGUUAGAGUAGGUUACAAGAAGAAAUUAGGUAACUAUGCUAGCCACACAGAACAAAAGCUGAUUUCUUUUAAAAAAGUAGGGAGGAAUUUGUUGUUUACUAUCGAAAUGAAAAAUAUUACAAACUGUUUGAGGGUAAUGUAUUAACUGGGUAAAUAUUGAGACAAUACAGGUCAUCUUACUAUGUUGUUGUGAGUUUUGGAGAAUAAUUAAGUGUACUAUAAGUUUUAAACUGUUAAUAAGCCAUUCAAAUUUAAAGAUCAGGGCAUUGUAGCAAAAAGCAAAGACUAAUUUGGCUUUUAAAUUCAGGGAGUGACUGUGCUUUUUUUUCCUGGUAAGAAAGAUUGUUUCAGAGCAUUGCAACACUACAUUUAAAACUGUGUUUGAGGAAAUUAGUUUUUGGCCUUGGAAGUAGUAGAUAAGUGUCAAGACUACUAAGAUUGUAGUUGGGUUUACUAUCGUUGAGUUUUGUAAAGGAGGCUCUAUGAUGGGGUGCUUAUAUUUUGUCAAUGUAGAGCCCUAUUCAGCUCAGUGUUAUUUCUCCAGAUUAUUGUAAACAAUGUCUUAUAUUGCUGUACUGCAAAUUUUAGCCGUCACAAUUACUCUUUGGCGAAUAAAAAUCUAUUAUUUUAUCGAUGAUUUUUUGUCUAUAUAAUAAAAAGAACAUUACACGGCAGCUUGAAGAUAUGAAUUUUAUUUUCUCGUGGCUGCGCUCGUUCGUAAAAUAUUGUUUUGCCACUGGAAAAUUUAUUUCAUAUCUUCGUGGCACCGUGUAAUAUCCCCUAUUUAUUUAGUUAGGCGUCUUGCGUGAUGUUGCAGGACGAGCAUGCGUGCCUCGUUUUCACGUUAAAUUUUGAAUUGGGCGCCAUUUUGAACUGUUUGUUCUUCCCUGUCGGUUCGCCUUCUAUUUUGGUCGUGCAGGGACGUCUUUUUGUGAAGAUGAGAAAGGAGAGUGUGAUAGAUUGCGGAGAUAGACUGCAGGGAGGAAUAAUAGUGCGUAAACCUAGUUAAACGAAACGCCAAAUCCCAUGGAAGCGGUGACGAAGGAAUUCAACAUCAGUGUACGUUGGGGACUCGAAAUAUGCACAACUGACUGUUUCAACAACCAUCACCUGCAACCAUUGAGAGGAGAGAACGCCUAACUGUGGAUCCUUGUUGUUUCGUAAGUACAUUUUUAAUGUGGAUACUGAAUGUUGUUUAAAUACGUAGAAACAUAUUAAUUAUUUAAGUCUAUGUAAUGGCUUUGGCAGCAUUUCAUGGAUGUCGAUCGUAAAAAUCGUUUCACACGUGAGCUUUCAUAAGCGACCAUAAGCUCAUAUGCUUCAUUCGACAGCGAGUUUCUUCCUACAGUUCUGACCCUUGUAUGUUACCUGUAGUUUCCGUGAUAACAUAUAGAGCACGUUUUUGUCUGAUUUCUUUUGCAAUAAAGACAUAGUUGCUACUUCACUGAAAAAGAAUUUUGCUGUAAAUAAAUGGCGAACAUGAUAGCUCUAAAAUUUGGAAUCUUGAAUCAGGAAACGGAGUCACAGAACGGAACACGGAAUCAAAUAUCAGUGAUAGAAAAAUAUUAUAUAAAAAUUCCUUGACGCUUAAAUGUACAAAACGAGGAUAACAGCUUUAUUUAAUGGCAAAGCAACCUUCACUGACACAAGUAAGACAAGCAUCUUUGGGUGGGAAGUCGCAAUUCUAUUUAUCCAUCUUUGAGUGGACAAAGUAGUGCUGGUGUCAAUGAUGCUACAAAUGAUGCAACUGUCACCAGGAGAUACAUGUAAACAAGAUUAUUCAGAAAUUGAUUUUCCUUACACUUCAAUUUGUCAUUAAUCUUCGAACACAAGGAUAACAGCUUUAUUCCAUGACAAAGCAACCUUCAUUGACACAGCUUUGAGUGGGAAGUCGCAAUUCUGUUUAUCCAUCUUUGAGUAGACAAAGUAGUGCUUGUGUCAGUGUUGUACGAAAAUGUUGCAACAGUCACCAGGAGAUAAAUGUAAACAAGAAGAUGAUUCAGAAAUAUAAUUUCCUUACACUUUAAUUUGUCGUUUAGCUUUGAACACGAGGAUAACAGCUUUAUUCAAUGGCAAUUAAGCAACCUUCACUGACACAGCUAAGACGCCCAUCUUUGAGUCGGAAGUUCCAAUUCUAUUUAUCCAUCUUUGAGUGGAAAAAGUAGUGCUUAUGUCAAUAAUACUUCAAAUGUUGCAACAAUCACCAGGAGAUACAUGUAAACAAGAAGAUUAUUGAAAAAUAUAAUUUCCUUACAGUUUAAUUUGUCGUUUAGCUUCGAACACAAGGAUAACAGCUUUAUUCAAUGACAAUUAAGCAACCUUCACUGACACAGCUAAGACACCCGUCUUUGAGUGGGAAGUCGCAAUUCUAUUUAUUCAUCUUUGAGUGGACAAAGUAGUGCUUGUGUCAAUGAUACUUCCCAUGUGCAACAGUCACCAGGAGAUAAACAAGAUUAUUCAGGGAUAUAAUUUCCUUACACUUUAAUUUAUGGUAUUGCGCCUCAAACACUUGGAAAAGAGCCUUAUUCAGUGACAAAAGCAAUCUUCCUUAAAAUAACAUUUAUCCUUGUCAUGCUAUACCAGAAAACUGCCUUAUUUUAAGGUAUCUAGUUUUUUCAGAACCAGGCUGUUACAAUAUACAUAUAAUAUUAUUUGAUAUAAAUAUUUAAAAAUAUUUGAUAUUUUUGUCGGUCCUUAUUGGUUUGAGGUAUGAUGAUGAGGAGAACAAAAACUUUGAGGGUAUUUUGGUUAGUGAAGUGAGGGGGAAGUUUGGGAAAAAGAAAUGGCCCAAAGCAGAGAUAAAAGGUAAGUUGUGCACUUUUCUAAGUUUUUUGAAUCUGGUAGUUUGUAGGUGUUUCAGACAGGUGCAAUCAUCUAACAUAAUAGAAAACAUAGUAUAAGUUAUCCACUUAGUGACGUAUUUAGCCUGUCCUGGAACAGGACUGCGCUUUGGCAGUGCCAGGUGGCCCCUAGCACAUUACUGUUGCUCUUGGGUGACAAGGAAGUCUUAGUUUGCUCAAACACAUUCAUCCAGGGUACCCUGGAUUUUUCAGGUUAAAGGGACAGUUUCACGGUUCACCACAUGCCCAUUAAUCAAAAUGCUAUUUUCUGCCAGGAAAUGCUGUAUCACGAAUGAAAGCAAUAUGAUCAUGUGGCAAUGUUGUUAAAGAACCAAUCUGCACACUCCCCUGGCAGUCACUUGAUCAACUUAGGUGCAAAUAGCUGUAAAUUAAUCAUCCAUGGAAUAAAACCCUUGGGUCAACUAUAAAUUCAACGUUGGUAGUGUUGGCAUAAUCCACUAAUUUUUCUGCGUUUUUAAUACUAAUUCAUCCUACUUCAGGUUACUCUGAAAUACACUUCUACUUUGAAAUACUCUGAGAUCGCUGAGAUAGAUGUGAGUGGGAUUAUUAACCUACAGAAUUAAUAAUAAAUUGGAAAAACAUAAUUUAAUUAAUAAGCACAUGCUGAACCGUGAACCUGUCCCUUUUAAGGACACUAGGCUCUUUCAUUUUUUAAGAACGCAACACAUGGUUUGCAUGUGUGUGUUAUGCAUACAUAAUUUACGAUUAUUAUAGAAUGCAUGAGUGCCAUACCCUCUACCCCCUGUUACAUUGUUAAUGUUAACAGUGUCCUUGCCAUUUAUAUGCGAGGUUUGAUGGUAGUGUAAAUUGCUCAGAGUAGAGAGCAAGAACCAAAUCUAAAGAUUCAAAAUAGUCAGGAUGACUGUUUUGCCGGACUAAACUGUUGUUGAAGAAAAAAGUAAAUUUUAAUGUUUUGCAAAGUAGUCAUCCCAUUGUGACUAAAUAAGUUUUUUGGGUUUUCAGGAAUUGACGUAUCGCACAGACGUGUUGGACAAGGCACAACUUUCUCCUGAAGACAAAGCCAAAGUAAAGACUUUAUGAAACCUACAUGCAUGUCAAAGAGGCAAAAAAAGAUAUAACUGCGAAAAUAACCAGAGAGUCUGAUAAAUACUUAUAAGACAGACCGGUAGCAAAAAACUGCCCCUCAUGGGCAGGACCCGAAUAAUACCAAAGUAAUAAAUUCCUACGGUGAUUGCCACUAUGGCAGCUGGAAGUAAAAAGCCCAAAAAUGAUGCAGUGCACAUGCUUAAAAAUGACCUGUAGCCCAGUCACCAAACAUGUGAUGGCUUAGUGGCUUCUACAUGAAUAAUCUUCUACUUUUUCCCUACAUUGUAUUUUUCACUGGUUUAAAACCUAUCAUAUUGUUUUUCACUUUAUCAAGAAAGUAUUUGACUUUGUUCUCCAGUUCAGCCUUCCCUGUGUUUUACUAACAAUGAAACCAUAUGAGCGAGAAACCCUGUAGUCACUUUUUGUGUCACUUGCAUAAAGUUGAAAUUCGAUGGGCCACAGUGACAUAUUCUCUUCAG